AUGUCUGAGCAACCCCAGCGAUUCGAGACCCUCCAGCUCCAUGCUGGUCAGGAGCCGGACCCCACCACCAACUCUCGCGCUGUCCCCAUCUAUGCCACUACCUCCUACGUCUUCAAUGAUUCCGCCCACGGCGCGAGGCUCUUUGGCCUCAAGGAGUUUGGCAACAUCUACAGCCGUAUUAUGAACCCCACCGUCGACGUCUUCGAGAAGAGGAUAGCCGCUCUCGAGGGCGGUGUCGCUGCCCUCGCCACCUCCUCGGGCCAGGCCGCGCAGUUCAUCGCGAUCAACACCCUUGCCCACGCCGGCGACAACAUCGUGUCGACCUCCAACCUUUACGGUGGCACCUACAACCAGUUCAAGGUCUUCCUCCCCCGCCUCGGUAUCCAGACCAAAUUUGUCAACGGCGACAAGCCCGAGGACAUUGCCGCUGCCAUUGACGAAAAGACCAAGGCCGUCUAUGUUGAGAGCAUCGGUAACCCCAGGUACAACGUUCCCGACCUCCAGGCCAUUGCCAAGGUUGACAACACUUUCGGUGCCGGUGGUUACUUCAUCCGACCCAUCGAGCAUGGUGCCGACAUCGUGGUCCACUCCGCCACCAAGUGGAUUGGUGGCCACGGCACCACGAUUGGAGGUGUCAUCGUCGACAGCGGCAAGUUUGACUGGGGAAAGAACGGUGCCCGUUUCCCCCAGUUCAUUGAGCCUGCCGAGGGUUACCACGGCCUCAAGUUCUGGGAGACGUUUGGCCCCAUCACCUACAUCAUCCGCGCCCGCGUCGAGAUCCUCCGCGACCUCGGUGCCUGCCUCAGCCCCUUCUCCGCCCAGCAGCUCCUUCUCGGUCUCGAGACCCUCAGCCUGAGGGCCGAGCGCCACGCCCAAAACGCCAUCACCCUCGCCCAGUGGCUCGACAAGAGCCCCUACGUUUCCUGGGUCUCGUACCCGGGCCUCGAGAGCCACCCCUCCCACGAGAAUGCCAAGAAGUACCUCACCCGUGGCUUCGGCGGUGUGCUCAGCUUCGGUGUCAAGGGUGGCGGUGAGGCCGGCAGCAAGAUUGUCGACGGCUUCAAGCUCAUCUCCAACCUUGCCAACGUUGGUGACUCCAAGACUCUUGCCAUCCACCCCUGGAGCACCACCCACGAGCAGCUCUCCGACGAGGAGAAGGUCAACUCCGGUGCGACCGAGGACCUUAUCCGAAUUUCGGUCGGUACCGAGCAUAUUGACGACAUCAUUGCCGACUUUGAGCAGUCGUUCAAGGCCGUGUCCGAGCAGGCUCAGGAUGCCGCCCCUGCCGAGGCCCCCGCCGAGGCCGUAGCUGCGGAGGCCCCUGCUGCCGAAGCCCCUGCUGCCGAAGCCCCUGCCGCGGAGGCCCCUGCCACCGAGGCCCCUGCCAGCGAAGAGGCCCCCAAGGCCGAUGUCGUUGUUCCCAAGACCGAGUAA